AUUCAUGGAAAGAAGAAAUGGAGUGUUGAACUUCAAAAAAUGGAUUAUUUUGGAACAAGAAAUCCAUUUUGGAAUUUACUAGGCCGGAGCUGAAUUAGGCAAAAAAUCUUAAUACCGAGCGCAAAGUACCUUUUUUGAUCAUUUAUGCCAAUCAGCAAAUGUGGUCAUCUUCAGCUCCAAUUCUAGGGCAAUGGUAGAUUUUCAAGACAGUCAAGCAUAGCCCAUGGGAAACGCACGCUCUGCAUUCUAAAGCGUCAUAUUGUGCAGGUUCGACUGAAGAAUUUGAAAUUGAGGAAGUUGGUGUUCAGAAUUUGAGUGUGCGAUAUGGACGAAAAGGAAGCACCGGUUUUUUGGUUGGAAGAACACAGCGGGAAGCCAGCUACUCCUGCCAGUUUGAAAAGAAAGGUAAGAUCGAGGAAACUGGAGUUUGUUGGUUGGGGAUCAAAACCACUGAUUGAAUUUCUUGAAUCAAUUGGUAAAGACACCACCAAACAAAUCUCUCAACAUGAUGUUACUGACAUCAUACGCAAAUAUGUUAAUGAUAAUAACCUUGUUCACCCGGCAAAGAAGAAGAGAAUCCUUUGUGACGAGAGGCUUUAUUCUAUCUUUGGAAGGAAAGCAAUUGGUCGAAUGAAAGUCUAUGACUUGCUUGAGACACACUAUGCUGAAAACCAAGACGCAUGGAGUGACGGCUUUUCAUCUAUGUCAGACGAGGACGAUGUUGGUGAAGAACAGAAAAGCGUGAUUUCUGAGAGAAAAGCUUACCAGAAGAAAAAGGUUAUUGAAACCCCGAAAAGCUGCUUUGCUGCGAUAGUUCAGGAUAAUAUAAAGCUGGUUUAUUUGAAAAAGAGUUUAGUUCAGGACCUUUUGAAAGAUCCUGAAAGAUUUGAAGCUAAAGUGGUAGGUAGCUUUGUGAGGAUCAAAUCAGACCCCAAUUACUACCUUCAGCAAAACUCUCAUCAGCUUGUCCUAGUUAAAGGGCUGAAGAAGGCCUCUGGGAACAAUGAUAUAAACACAGACAUUCUUCUCCAGGUUUCAAAUUUUGUGAAAGAUGUUAACCUUUCCAUGCUUUCAGAUGAUAAUUUCGCUCAGGAAGAAUGUGAGGAUUUGUAUCAGAGAGUAAAAAAUGGAUUGCUGAAGAGAUUAACCAUUGUGGAACUUGAAGCAAAGGCUCGAAUUUUGCAUGAAGAUAUAACCAAGCACUGGCUUUCAGCAGAGAUUACCUUGUUACAAAAGCUCAUUGAUCGUGCCAAUGAAAAGGGAUGGCGCAGAGAAUUGUUUGAGUACAUGGAGAGAAGAGAGCUGCUUAUGACUCCAGAGGAACAGUCACAACUAUUGCUUGAGGUUCCAAAUGUUAUUGCAGAAGAAAUAGAUAUUGAAACUGCACCACAAGAUUUUCCAGGUGAUGAACAGGAAAAUGAUAACUCACUGGUGUCAACUCUCAAGGGAACUUCAGAUAUUCCUAGUGAUACAGCUUUAGGUGGAAAAUUGUCAACCUUGAUGCCUUCGACUAUAGAAGAAAUAGUACUUGAAACUGCACCACAAGAUUUUCCGGAUGAUAAACAGGAAAAUGAUAGCUCACUGGUAUCAACUCUCAAGGGAACUUCAGAUAUUCCUCGUGAUACAGCUUUAGAUGGAAAAUUGUCAAGCUUGAUGCCUUCGACCAUAGAAGAAAUAGAACUUGAAACUGCACCACAAGAUAUUCCGGAUGAUAAACAGGAAAGUGAUAGCUCACUGGUAUCAACUCUCAAGGGAACUUCAGAUAUUCCUAGUGAUAGAGCUUUGGAUGGAAAAUUGUCAACCUUGAUGCCUUCAACCAUAGAUAAUCAGCAUGAUGUUCAUGAACAGCCAAAGCGACCAAGAGACAGUAAUUAUGCAAGAGCACAGCUUGUGGAUAUACCAGCGAAGGAUGGUUACAUCGAGAAACAAAGCUUUGUAAACAUAUCAAAUACUCAAGUGAUUGAUUUGAGUGAUGAUGAUGAGGAGGAUUCAAAUGAAGUUCAGGCACUUGAUGGUGUCAAUAGCCUGAUGUGGCAUUAUUCAGACCCUCGGGGAUAUGAACAGGGCCCUUUCUCCCUCAAAUCACUAAAAGGUUGGAAGGAUGCUCACUACUUCCCACCAGAUUUUAAGGUUUGGAAGACAGGUCAGAGCAAACGUAAAGCUGUACUGCUGACUGACAUACUUCAUCGGAUGUUUCCCAUUUAAUUGUUGAAUAUUGUACAUAGCGGUCAAUUUUUUGAACUACAUGGACAAGAAUCAGGUUUUUUGAAACUGCAAGUAGGCCCUUUAGGUUGUGAGGAUUAAAAUUUUGUCAUAUCAAAUAAACAACAAUCCUCUCAAAUUCCAAGUUCUGUUACGGCAUGUUUGGUCAGAGAAAUUUCUGUUCCAUUUUGGAUUUCUCCAUUAGGUUUCUUUAUUAAAGCCCAGAUAGAUAGAUAGAUAAGCAUUAAAGGCAGGGAAUGUCAAAUGUUCAUCAUCUGGGCCAAGCCCCAGAUAGCCACUUCCUCAAGAAAUAGCAUUAGCAUUUUGUAGA